UUUAACUUAGUUUUUCCUUGUAACAUAUGCUUCUGUAGCAGUUUGUAUUAAUGUUCACAGUCGGGAUUUAAACAUAAAGGAUUUGGGGCUAUAAGGCUUUACUUAAAAAAACACACAGUAACAAUGGUAAACAGACAUGGCUGUCUGGCAGUGGCCAUAUGUCUCGGGCUAUACCUCCAUCUAGCGGACGGACAAAUUUGUCGGGGAGUGUUUCCUCCAGGAAGCCGGAUUUCUGGACUUCUUGGGCUUGGCGCGUGGAUUCCAAUCCCUACAGAUGACUUUACUGCCGUCCGGUCAGCACGAUUUGCGGUCCGUGCAAUAACUGGUCGUUCUCUGCCGGUGGAUAUAUUCGAUGCUGCGAGGAGGAACACCAGAUACUACCGUGUGAAGUUCUGGAGUCCCAGCAUAUCACCUAUCAGGUUGCGCUGCCAGGCGAUAGUUUGCUGGGCGUUCAUGCUGCCUUUUCUUGAGGACACCUCUUUCAACCGAUGUUCUCCCUUCAUCUGAGUGACGUAUUUCGGGGAAAUGGAAGAACCGUGUAGCAUAUUACACUAAGACA